AUGAAGACACUUAGCGUUCCCGCCCUGGGUGCUGCCGUCAUUGCCCUCUCAGGACGUUCCGUAGCCACCAAUUUCUUGAAUCAUAGCCAGUUGCUUUCCGGAUUUGAAGACCCCAACUGGUUCGAACAGAACAUCCCGUUCCUUGAUAUCCCCAACUCACAGAUUCAGGCCGUCUACUACUAUCGUUGGCAGACUUACAAGGAGCAUCUUACCUACACCGGUGCCCAGUAUGGCUACAUGCUCAGCGAGUUUCUAACGCCAGUCACUUACGGUGCGCCAUACGGAGGCGUCGUAGCCGCCGCGGGACAUCACAUCAUCGAAGGUCGAUGGCUUCGGGAUCAGAGAUACGUUAAAGACAACAUCAACUACUGGUUGGCUGGCCCUGGCACGUUCCCAAAGCCGCAAACUGAUAAUUACAAUCUCGACACCUCUGAUUGGGCCCACGAAUACAGCUUCUGGGCAGCCACCGCAGUGUGGCGCCAUUAUCUUGUAACGGGAGAUCGAGAUUUCGCCAUCGGUCAGUUGGAUAAUCUUGUCAAACAAUACCGGGGCUGGGACAACCACUUCAACCAGAGCCUCGGGCUUUACUGGCAAGUCCCCGUCUGGGAUGCAAGCGAAUGCACAGCCGCAUCGUAUCAAACCAGCGAUCCUUAUCACGGCGGUGCUGGCUAUAGACCUACCAUUAACGGAUAUCAGUAUGGAGACGCUCGUGCUAUCGCGUCUUUGGCCACCUUGAAGGGAGAUGCAGCCUUGGCUUCCGAGUAUACAAGCCGAGCCAGCGCUCUACAGACGACAAUGCAGAAUACUCUCUGGGACAGUUCGCGUCAGUUCUUCAUGCACCGGCAACGAGACAACAACCCCUCGGGAGCGCUGCUCACUACUCGUGAGAUUAUGGGUUACUUUCCGUGGAUGUUCAACAUGCCGCAAGCGUCGGGCAUCGCCGCCUUUUCCCAGCUGAAGGAUUCUCAGGGCUUUGCGGCCACAUACGGACCUACCACUACUGAACGACGAAGCCAAUGGUAUAUGUACCAAGGCGCAAACUGCCUCCAAUGGGAUGGCCCAUCAUGGCCAUACGCUAGCUCACAGGUCCUCACUGCCGUGGAAACUGUGCUCCACGAGUAUCCCGCGCAGUCAUACAUUACAUCGACUGAUUACUAUAACCUUCUUGUUGGCUACGCUGCAACUCAAUAUAGGAAUGGCAUCCCCUAUGUAGCCGAAGCUCAUAAUCCCGACGCAAACCAGUGGAUGUACGACACUUAUAACCAUAGCGAAGACUACAAUCAUUCCACCUUUAUCGACAACGUCAUUGCUGGGCUUCUUGGCCUACGCGGACAAUCCAAUGAUACCCUGACGGUUGAUCCUCUCGUGCCGUCUUCAUGGGACUACUUUGCACUGGAGAAUGUUGAAUACCACGGACAUCAGGUGACGGUCAUCUGGGACAGAUCCGGUUCUCGCUACAACCAGGGUUCUGGCUUAAGAGUUUUUGUUGAUGGCACCCUCGCGGGCACUCGUUCUACUAUCGGUUUGCUCACUGUCAACGUCGGCAGUGCAGUUAUCCAAACCAUCAACUCACAGGUCAAUAUCGCCGCCAACACCCAGAAGUUCUCAUCGGGCUCGACGCCAUUCGCAUCCUACACCUCACCGUACGACGAUGUCUGGAGAGCCGUCGACGGCAUCGUGUUCCGCAAUGCCGUGCCCCAGAACAGCCGCUGGACUUCAUACCAGAGCCCCAACGCCCAGGACUAUUUCGGCGUGGACCUCCGAAGGUCGCAGGCAGUGUCCAACGUCCGGCUCUAUUUCUACACCGACGGCGGCGGCGUGAAGUUGCCCUCGAGCUAUGAUCUCCAAUAUCUCUCUGGUAGCGCCUGGAUCACAGUCCCCGGCCAGCAGCGGAGCACAGCCUCUUCGGCGUCAAAUACACUGACGCAGAUCACCUUCCCGACAAUCACCACCUCGCAAUUGCGUGUCGUGGCCCCCAACCCUGGCGGCGGAUCGGGCUGGGGUCUCUCCGAGUUCGAAGUGUGGACCGCAGCUGUCUUCCAGCUCAAGAAUCUAAACAGCGGCAAGCUCAUGGGCGUCCAGAACGCUUCCGGGACCAACGGCGCCUACAUUCAGCAAUAUGACAACAACGGCACCCGGGAUCACCUGUGGCAGUUUGUCAAGGCUUCUGGUGGCUGGUACAAGAUCCAGAACCUCAACAGCGGACUCCUGCUGGCCGUCGAAGGGCAGUCAACGUCCAACAGUGCACGUCUUCAGCAGUUUCAAGAUAAUGGGACCGACGACCACCUUUGGCGAGUACAGUCAAACAGCGAUGGGCUAUAUCUGAUAAAGAAUAAGAAUAGCGGGCUGGUGGUUGGAGUUGAUGGCCAGUCGACGGCUAACAGCGCCAACGUUGUCCAGUUCCAGGACAACGGAACCAACGACCAUCUAUGGAGCUUGCUUGCGGCUGUUCCUGCUAGUUGA